GCUCCGGUCACUCCUUGUCCCUGAGUCCUGUUCAAGAAUCAAGACAAACUGGCAACGAGAAACUAGCGGAUUUCCUGAAUCCUGAGUUCCUCACCGGCGAGGCGAGCACGGAAAAAAUCGCAUGGCCUUGCAGCACGCAGGUCCAGCUAGCUCUACGCUGACCACCGGCCGUCAUGGCAGGAGCGCCGCAGCCGUCCUCCGUAGGCCACCGACGGGUUCUAGCAGCCGUUUGAGGGCGCAUGCGCAGAAACCCGUCGCCGGAUCCCGUUCCCGUGGCGCGGGAGCCGAGACCGCGACGUCCCCCUCAUCCUCCCGCUCGGAGAACGCCGUCCUCAAGGCCGCCUGGUACGGCUCCGAGCUCCUCGGCAUCGCCGCGUCGCUUCUCCGGCCCGCGCCGUCGUCGCCUCAGGAGGGGGAUGCUGGCGGUGGCGGUGACGCAGAGGGCGAAGCGGCGGCGGUGGCGGGGGCCCUGGACCUGGACCACGCGGGAGUGGCCGAGGCCAUUAAGGCGGACUUCGCGCGGUCGUACUUCGUCACAGGGAAUCUCACGCUGAGAGCUUACGAGGAGGACUGCGAGUUCGCCGACCCGGCGGGCUCGUUCAGAGGCCUGCGGCGGUUCAAACGGAACUGCACUAAUUUUGGGUCUCUGCUCGAGAAAUCGAACAUGAAGCUCACUAAAUGGGAGGACCUGGAGGACAAGUCGAUCGGGCACUGGCGUUUCAGCUGUGUCAUGUCGUUCCCCUGGAGGCCUAUUCUGUCAGCAACCGGGUACACGGAAUACUAUUUCGAUGCUGAAUCGGGGAAGGUGUGCAGGCACGUCGAAAAUUGGAACGUUCCAAAGAUGGCGCUCCUUCGGCAGAUUUUCAGGCCGAGCCGAUGGGUCUGGGAGAAGCGUUAAAGCCUGCAGUGGCCGUUGUUUUAUGUUCCAAACCAAAAUGCAUGUGCGUGUACGUACUAGAUAUGUAAAAGUACACUCAGAAGAAUAACUCGUAUAUAUACUAGCAGUAUAUAAAAUGUGGAUUUACAAAAAAACAAAAAAUAAGAGUUAUCGUAUA